AUGCCUUUGAGACUGACCACUACCAGCAACAUUGGAGCAAUGGGUCCAAGGAGGAAGGCCUCUAAACUCCAACCUUUUGGGGCCAGCUGUGGAGGGGAAAUGUCUCUUAAGCCCAUGGAGCCAAAGGACUACAUCAAUGAACUAUCCCAUGAAGUUUUAUGUCAUAUAUUCAGGUACCUUCCUAUGAAGGACAUCAUAUGCAUGGAGUGUCUGUCGAGAAAGCUAAGAGAAGCUGUUGCCCUCUACUUGCGUGUGAUCAAAGUAGUGGAUCUUUGUGCUGGUCACUGGUGGGAAUAUAUGCCCUCAGGUUUUACAGAUAGCAGUUUCUUGCUUCUUUUGAAGAAAAUGCCUGACCUAGAGCAGCUGUAUGGCUUGCACCCCCGAUACCUCGAGAGGAGACGAGUCCGAGGCUAUGAGGCGUUCAGUAUACCUGGUGUUGUGGAGGCACUACAAUCAUGUCCCAGUCUGUUGGGUGUUGAGACGUCUCACCUUGAGUUGGUAGAGGCCAUUUGGAACUACAUGCCACAGGUUCACAUACUUGGAAAGUUCCGCAAUCGUAACGGAGCGUUCCCAAUUCCUGCUGAGAAUAAACUGAUUAUCCCCAUUACUGCAAAAAUCCAGACACUUCACCUUGUUGGUGUAAAUGUCCCAGAGAUCCCUUGUGUUUCCAUGCUGCGCCACCUUUACUUGAAGUGGGUCCGUCUCACCAAACCUCAGCCAUUUAAAGAGUUCCUCUGCGUGAGCCUGAGAUCCUUUGUCAUGCGGAACUGUGCAGGUCCAACCAACUCCCUCAAAUAUGUUCCCCUGGUUACUGGUUUAGCUUCAGCCCGAAAUCUUGAACAACUCGAGUUGGUGAGAGUACCCUUCCUUGGAGGGCUCAUCCAACAUGUGGUGGAGGACAGCUGGAGAUCAGGAGGAUUUCGAAACCUCCACACCAUUGUGUUUGGAGCCUGUAAAAAUGCUCUGGAGGUGGAUUUGGGUUACCUUGUCAUCACUGCUGCUCGCAGACUUCAUGAGCUACGUAUCCAGCCAUCUUUGACCAAAGAUGGAGUGUUUUCCGCUCUCAAGAUGGCCGAACUAGAGUUUCCUCAGUUUGAUACUCUUCAUCUAGGAUACGUGGAUGAGUUCCUGCUCCAAUGUAAGAUGAGUCAUUCAGACCUGGUGAAGUAUGGUCUAGCUGAUGUGGUGGAGAACCCAGGCAUCAUAACUGAUAUUGGCAUUCAAGUGGUGAAUGAAGUGUUCAGUAAUAUAAAGUACCUGCUCAUCUACAAUUGUCCUCACCUUCAUAACCCUCACCAUUGGAUUACGGAUCAAUCCAGAUGGAGUCGACUUGUUGAUAUCACUCUGGUACGCUGUCAUGCUAUCAAACUGGAAUCCUUCUCCCAGUUCAUUGAAGCACUGCCCAGUUUAGAGUUCAUAUGUCUGGACCAGAUGUUUCGAGAACCACCAAAGGGCUGUGCCAGAGUGGGCCUCAGUGCAGGAACUGGUAUCGGCGUAUCCUCGGCUCUGGUCAGUAACCAGAACUCCAACAAUGACAACAACAAUAACAACAACCACCGCCAUCAUAACAACAAUGAGGCCAACCUGCCUCCUCCUCCGCCACCCCCUCCACAUCCACCCCCUCCUCCACCUCCACCACCACCGCCACCUCCACCAGUUUACAACACCCAAAGACAACAGCAACAGCUUAAUGCACCAGUGGAGGUCAACGGGAUACAGGUUGGGGAAGAGAACAUGCAGGCAGUGCCGGAAAUUGAAGCAAAAGGAGCUGAAAGGGCAGUGGCAGCAGAUGGCGAGAUUGCUGGGCCCAGUCAUCCAGCUGGUUCACCACAGCCGAAUGAUGGUGAUGAAGAACAAGCAGGUCCCAGUGGUUUAGUCCAGCAAUGUAGACCACCUGGUGUUGCCGUUCCGAAGCCCCCGCUGGUGCUGUCUGACUCGGAUAGUGAGGAGGAGGAGGAGGAAGGCCUCGUUUCAAGACUAACUCCAGCAGCGUCCAGUUCGCAGCAGCCCAUUUCUUGCACGGAAGGUAAAGGGAAGACUCCUCUACGGCGGACCAAUAAUGUGGCUGCUUCAGUCGUGGUGAAUCAGUCAAAGCCUCCUGUGUUUGAGGGCAGCUGUGAAAAGAGCUGUCAGGUGACCAGUGAGCAGAUUAAAGCGGACAUGAAGGCUGCGUCCGAGAACAGCCGAAGGACUAACAGUAAAAGUGUCGAUGCAGAACCAAGGGAGACCUCGGCACAGACCACUGGUGUCAGUGGGGUGGCAGGAAGGCCGGGGAUCGAACGUUCGAGCACGAUCGAACCUAGGGUAUCCUCUGCACGUGAGAGGGUGGAUAAUGGAAGUGGCAGAACUAAUGAGAGGACAGAAAACCGAUCUGGAACUACUACUGGUGAGAGUGGCACCAGCCAAGCUGGGAUGAGGCCGGCAUCUGGUGCCCCUAGUGUGGAACCUAUGCAAUCCAGAGAUUCGGCUGAAAACCUGACUUCAAGACAAGUAGCUUGUCAGAGACACAGACGAACUCCUGUUGCUCAGCGUUCAAGUUGUAAGCGAACUCUAGCCGGUGAUGGGGACUCCUCUACGGCGAGACGACCUGUGACACGGUCUAGUACUCGGAUGUCCACUGCCUCCCUGGUACCUGAGACAGAACUUCCAAGACCUAAGCCUCGAGUAGCAACAAGGAGGAAAAAAAUGGCUGACAAAUCAACCAGUACUUCAGACCCAGUGACAGAGGAUGACCAUGUACAGGUGUUGUCUCUGAAAAGUAAGAACCUGGUGGGCAUCACUCUAACCAACUGUGGAAUCACCGACCUGAUCCUCAAAGAGUGUCCCAAAAUGAUGUUCAUUCACGCUACCAGAUGUCGAGUGUUGAAGCAGCUGCGAGUGGAAAACGCUCCUAUUGUGAACAGGUUUGAUUAUGCACAAUGUAAGAAGCUGAACAUGGAGCAGGUCCUGGAUCAGAUUCUCAGAAUGCCUCCUGAGCGCAACCGCAUUAUCUACAUGCGUCCCAUGCACCAGAUUAACUCUGUGGCAUUGGAACGUCAGCUCUUCCGAGGUCCCUAUCCUUAUCACAUCGCUAUAGUUCACGAGUUCAGCAAUCCUCCAAAUAUACGCAACAAGGUCCGGAUUCGCAGCUGGAUGGACACCAUAGCCAAUAUUAGCCAGGAGUUAAUCAAAUAUGAGUUCUUCCCAGAGGCGACCAGGACAGAGGAGGAUGUGAAGAAGUAUCCGAAAUACCCAUGGGGCCGAGAAAUUUAUACACUCGAAGGGCUGUUGGACGGCGCUCCCUACAGCAUGAUAACGGACUUUCCCUGGCUUAGGACUCUGAGAGCGGCCGAUCCCAACAACUACGCCCGCCACGACUUCGAAGAUGACGAGAGCACCACCAUCUACGCCCCGAGGCGGAAGGGUCAGCUGUCAGCUGACAUCUGCAUGGAGACCAUUGGAGAGGAGAUCUCGGAGCGGCGGCAGAGCAAAAGAGGAGUCUUUCAGAGAGUCGUGGUCCUCUUCCUUCAUCACUGCGACACGCCAGGCGAACCUGUUGAUGACGACUACAUCUAG